AUGGCGACCGUCACCAACGCCCCCGCGGACCUGCCCCUCGAGCACUUGUCGCUCUAUCAUGCCUCCGAUCCCUACAUCGCCUCCGUCUUCGUCUUCUACGGACCGGUGGCCACCGCCAAUGCCACCGUCAGCAGCUCGCGCAUCCAGGCGCAUAUCGUGACCCCCGCCGGCUUCCAGAGCUAUCCCCGCAUCACCAUCUCCCCCGCUGCCCCGCUGUACGCCGCCGUCAACCACCUGCCGCGCGAGAAGCAAGGCGACGAAGUCAGUCGCGGCCUGGCCGUCAGUAUGUUGAAGUAUUUUGCCGAGCUGUCCGACCCCGCCAAGGAAUGCCUGCAGGCCUUGGCCCGCGCAGGGAAGCCAGGCACCAAGGUUCCCAAGCUCUUUGACGAAAUGCAUGCGGCGGAUUUGGCGAAUCGAAUGACAAAGGUUGAACAGCCCUCCGAGCUCGUGCGCGACAUCCGCGGCGCCUUCCAGGAGCGCAAAGUGCCCUGGGUCGACAUCGACGUGGUCCUGCCCGCCGGGACCAUCGAAGCACCCGCGCCCGAUAAUGAUGAUAAUGUUUAUGAUGGUAAUGCAGAUUUCUAUGAAAGUCCCGAUCUUCGUUAUGGCCCGUAUACCGCCCUUAUCCAGACCCUGGGCGCCCCCAUGUUCCUUCCGACCUCUCGUCUCAAGCGCGCUCCUUCCCAGCCCACCAAUGUGAGCAAGUCGAAGAUCUUUUCCGCCAGUCAGAAGCAGGCCUUGCGGUUGACCAUGUGCGAGCUGGUGGAUACAGAGGAGCGCUAUGUCAAUAAGCUCUAUACGUUAGUCUGUCAAGUGGCGGAGGAAUUCCGGAUGAAAGCUCAACUGCGCCUGUCAUCCAGUACGAGUCCGGACGAGUCCGAUCUAGCCACCCUAUUCCCCCCGUGCUUGAACGAGAUCCUUCAGGUCAACAUGGGUUUUCUGAGUGUAAUCCGGCAGGUCCUGGAAGAGACAGAGAAGGACGCCAUUGCGGAUUUGACCGAAGACACCGAGCUUCCCUCAUCCAUGUCGCAACGGGUCUCGUCCAAGGACGAGAGGGACACCAUUGGUGCCGUGGCAUUCGCGGACGCGCUUCUCGACUGGUUUCCGCAAUUCUCGCAGCCUUAUGCAGACUACAUGCGGGCCCAUACUGGCUUCACUCAGACGUUGAACUCGUUCAUGCGAGAUAAAAGCUCUAGUUUCUCUAAGCGCGUAUAUGAGACGGGGGAGCAAAAGCUCCGCUCACUCUUAAUGGAGCCUGUUCAGCGUCUGCCCCGCUACAGUCUCCUCAUUGACACGAUGACGAGCAGUCUGCCGUUGAUACAUCCAGCCGUGCGCCCCUUACUGAAGGCACGAGAUGUCAUCAAAGACAUCUGCUCCCUCGACGACGCCUCGACCGCGAACCAUGAUCAGAGCUUCCGGCGGUUGAAGGAGUUGGUCGACGGCUGGCCAUCCACCAUUCUGCCAACCGGCCGCCUGAUUACGGCGGUGGAUUUUAACGAGCUGGCGCCUCCGUACCAUCUCGAUCUCGCAGAAGAGCCCAGUCCGGGGAUCAUGUUGAUUUAUAAAAAUUGCCUAGUCUUGUUGUCCAAAGCAGUGGGUGGUCGUACAACCGCGCGGGGUCUUCUGGCGGAUCUAGACAACGCCGCAUCAGCCACCCCGGCCGCCACCAAUGCUCCAGCGAUGCCAGAGCUCCGAGUGGUGCAGGUUUACGAUCUGCACAACGUUCGAUGCAUGCAGUCAUCGUGUGGGCGCAUCCUUUUCUUGGCCCCGAUGUCCGCAAAGUCGCGGCCCAACCAGAACACCACCGUCGAUUUGCUCGCGUUGGAACCGGUUUCCAUGUAUGAAGGCCGCGCCAGCCGUAUCAUCGAAGAGAUUGUGAAAGCAAAGAUCGAAGGCCGGUUCUCGGAAAGCGAGCGAGAGAAUGGGAAGUGGACCCUGCGCAGUCCAUCUGGGACGGUGGGCAAUCUGGGGGUACUGGCGUGUGUCUUCGAGGAGGAGCAGGAGGCGGCCGCCAAAAGACCCAGUGCGUCCAAGAUCCGGAUUGUGUUCAACUCUUCACGCACAGCCUGCAGUCAAACAUUAACAAAUUCCGAUCUGGAGGUUAUUGUGUCGGUCUCCGCGUCGGCCGAGGACCAGUUCCGCGUGGACAUAGACUCGGUUGUGGGCAACGCUUCCUCCGACCUCGUGACCGCGGACAGCUUCGUUCCAGUGCUCUCCAAACGUCUCUCUAAUGUAUUACUCCCGCUGCACGGCCCGCAGAACCGGACCAUGACGGAAUCGAUCGUGCAUUCCAACUUCGAGAUCCUGCGUUAUCUCACCGGCCAUCUCAUGGCCAACUUCAAGGUCCCACGUGGUUUCCGACCGCCGUCACCCUCAAAGCUAUUAUCCAGUCUGCUGGGUGGCCACCAAUCCAAGGAGAACAGUGCGGGCAGUGUAAAGAUGCCCAGCUCGGCAGCGCUGUUGGGUGAAUUCCCUCGCAUGCCACCACCGCGAGGAAGCAUCCCACGCUCGAAUACAUUGCCGUCCGUCUUCCCAGGAAAGGAAGAAAACCCCGUCAAGAUUUCCGUGGUUGGUGCGCCACCUUCGAGGGGGCAGGAGAGCCCGUUCAGCGCCCUGGAGCAAACGUUUGCCGCGUUCGCUCUCGCUCUGCAGUCCCGUAGUGGGAACAUUGUGGGACGAUCCCUGCGUGGUCGUGACAACGUGGACCGGUCGUCGGUCAAUGAGCUGUAUAAUAUCUUGUUGGAGGACCCAGGCAAAAUUCAGGCCGCGGCGGAAGUGCCAGUCGAUACACUUUUCGUGGCUUUCGAGACAUUCAUGGCUAAUGCAUGGAGAGAACAUAUGGGACCCAUGAUUGAUGCGUCAUCGUUGAACUCGCUGCAAAACCAAUUUGACAGCAUGUUCCCGCGAGACUUCGAGGAAAGUUUCCGAAGAUUUCUGGCGGACAUGAGCCCUCAAAAUCGUCGUGCGCUGGCUUCCAUGAUCCGGUUGCUCGCAGAGCUUCUGGAUGCUUCGGGGAAUGACGGAGACCGUGGUGCGUUGACGGCGGCCUUUGCAGAAGUCUUGACGGUCGAGGGAGACCCAAUGCAGUACAUCUCUCUGUUGGACCGUCUCGUGGAUGACUUUGAUAACUUGUUUGACGAGUAUAUCCCCGGGGGUGCGGACCUGGAAGGGACUCUCAAUUGCGACCAGACCAAGUCGGUGUCCCAAACAGCAGGUUCGGUGAACUCCAAUGCAUCGUCGUUUCGAAAGCGUUUCGGAUUCAGCCUACACCGCGACAACUCCAAGUCGGAAACGGAGAGCAAAGUAUCGUCCAUUCUGCGAACACUGAGCAAAAGCAAGGGAUCCGGCGAUUCUGAGCCCGGGACACCGCGAGGGUCGCUGCUGCUCCGGUCCAAGUCUAUCGAUGUCGACACAGGGCUGGUUUCAUUGUUGCGGCCAGGCUCCCGCGACCGCCCAGGAGCGUCGACAUCACAAGAGCAUCUCCGGCGCCCCGGCAGCUCUCAGGACGAGGCUUCGUCUUUAUCCUCGAUUCGCGGGAUUUCUACCAAUGGCGUGGUGAGGGUGCGGAGGAGACGAAGGAGCUCUUUGUCGGACAUGAGGCCAGGGACGGCAUCGUCUGACGUGUCGAUCUUAUCAACCAGCCAAGGACAGAGACCCAUGACGCCGUCAUCAUCGCUUCCCAACCAGCCCCGAGCGGAGGCGAUGACGCCAGCCGGACAGACACGGCCGCAAACCAGUCACGGCUCGGGGUCGGUCCGCAGCACAUCCCCUGCGAAGAGUGCCUCGCCCACGCGGCUGACGUCUCCGUCCCGCCGAUCGCCGACUCGUCCCGUCACCCCCAGUCGCAAGGAGAAUAUCGACCCGAAAUUACCGCAGACGGAUCGAGCUCCGAGAAAGAAGGUCGAUGGGUCGGUCUCGCCUCCCUCGGAUAUCAAGAGACGGUCGCGGGCUACCAGCAUUCCUUCUUCCAGGGUGCCUGGUUUGAAGGAGCGACCGAUGCAGAUCAAUGGCUCCGAUGCCAGACGCUUACAACCCACCCUAGGCUCCCAGAGGACGCCAAAAUUGCGUCUGCAAAGUCCGCAGAAGCUCCGGGACCGUCUCAAUAGCGAGAGGAAGGCGCAGAAUAUCGCGUCACUGGGUUUAAAGGAUGAGCUCGCGCUCAUUGGCGAGGAACUUCAGGCAUUGAGGCUUGCUCCGACGCCGUACAAGGGCGAUGGUCACCUGAAUUCACUGGAUGAACCGUUUGCCCCUUCGACAACGAACGCCGCACUGGCUUCCCGAGUCAAAAGCCUCGAGGCACGAUUCGAAACGUUCUCGGGGGAGAUGAACGGCCGGACUGCCGCGAUUGAGAGAGACCUCGAGUCGUCGUUGGUCGUGAGUGAGAGACGGGCCAAGAAGCUGGAUGAGUUGUAUCGCGAGGCCAGUGCCGAGAACGAAGCUCUGUAUGAUCGAUUCAACGCGGAGCUGGACAAGAUCGCCAAAGACGUCCGCACCGGGAAUGCUGAGGAGGCUUUGAAAUCCCAGCUGACAUCGGCAUUGGAGGAGAUUGGCCGACUGAAGAAGGAAAACUUCCGACUGAAACGGGAGGUUGGUGGGCUGCGUGCCCAGCAAGCUGCGGUAGCAUUGCUCAAGGCGAGCGAGUGA